AUGCACCUAAGGGGUAUUCUCCUAGGCAUCGUUGCCUUGCUUGUCGGAUUCCAGGAAAUCGUCGAAGCUCAUCACCAUGUAUUGGGGCAUGAUCCAUCGGCAGCAGGUAUCCGUAAGCAUGGGGGAGACGGAAGGCGAAAUAGCAAUGCCAGUGCAGGAUCACAGGCGACAGUUGGAGUCAUCCAGCCUUUGAACCCCAAAAAGUCAAGUUCACACAUUGUGCAAGCCUCGUCGCAGGCAAUCCGGAAAACGGCCUCUUCGGCGGCAUUGAAACCAACUCCAAGUACACAAGCAACGGCUCAAGCAACUGUGCAAAACUCGGCAAAUGCUGCGCCAGCCACCUCUCCUGAAUUUACGACUCUGACGACCGUGGUAGCCGUCAGUGCUGCCGGGACUACCUCUAUCGCACACACUGUAACGGGUGUUGAAAACGGCAACGGCCAGGGGAGUAGCGUCGCAGUUGCCUCAAUUCCCACAUCAACGCCCAUUGCAACCUCAGUUCCAACCUCUGUCCCAACCUCUGUCCCGACGUCAGCAGUCGCAAAUGCAAGUGCUCGUGCUUUUUUUUCCCUUGUGACAGUAAUAUGUCUAACGUUGAUUCAACAGGAACCCCAAACGCAAACAUCUGUGGCUGUGACAACAAGCACACCAGAAACGAACCCAGCUGCCGUUGCAGCCUCGGCACCCAAAACAACAUUGACAACGACAACAAUCCCUCUUGCGACAACAGCGGCCGCAGCUCAGCCACCGGAUUUCAAUACUAUGACAUUUCAUUCUGCGGUGACGAUCAUGUUGGGUCGGUAA